CAUGGCGUCCAUACAAGCAACUAGUAAUCCGAAUCUAGACCACUUGAACGAAGAUUUUAAACGUUUGAUUGCUUAUUUAGAAAGUAAGAAGGAAUUGAUGGAUGCCCAUAUGGUUGAAUUCUUCACUUCCAAUCACUGGGAAUCCCUUUUAUCGCCUCAACUUAGAGAAGAUCUCGAAUCACUUUCACACAAGCAACUCACUCACCUACCUACUUUGGCUUAUGAUAAUACUUCAGAAGAAUACAGAACACUCGGUGAACACCUGAGAUUGUUUCUCGAGGAAUCGAGGCAAGCUCAACUUAAGAGUUUUACUUGGGUGAAAGAUCAAAGGGAGUUUACUAGCAACAGCAAAGUGAAUUUUAUUUCUCAUAUCAUGACACCAAAGAAAUCGUACGAGGUCGAUGUGAUGUCGGAUGUGAUUAGUAGAUUAGCAAAGCGAUUCCAAGUCAAUAAGAUUUUGGAUCUUGGAAGUGGUAAAGGCUACCUGAGUCAGUGUUUAGCAUUGCAGUAUGGAUUAAAGGUAGUUGGUGUUGAUUCCUCUGAUGGCAAUACACAAAAUGCAGCCAGGAGAAAUGAGAGGCUUUUGAAAGUGUGGUCAGGACUUGUCAAAAAGUCCAAAAGAGAGAAUAAUGGCUCAUUGAGGAGUGAUACUGUAUCAGAGGCUUCUCCUUCUUGUUGUGAUGGUUCUUUACAUCUUUGCAACCACUUUUGUGAGGAUAGUGAUAAAAAAAGAGCUUUACACAGGUCUUCCUCAUCAUUAUCUUCCAGUCCACAGGGUGACAGCAGAGUCACAUGUAAGGGAUCAUCUGAUGCUGUCCAUAGAUGCUUAUAUUCUGAGAAUGAUAUGACUGGGGAAUUAAAACAAUCAUAUACAUGUGCACCAAGCCUAACUUCAUUUGUCCCUGUCUCUGGGUUUGUUGAUCAGUCAUAUAUUUCUAAUGGAACACUAACUAAAAUUUUUGAUGAACUGGGAACCCCUUCAGAUGGGGAGAACAUUGAAUGCAAUGGCAUGUUCAUAGUUGGUUUGCACACAUGUGGUGACUUAGCUCCAACUGCACUGAGAAUAUUUUCAACUUUUUCUAGAGGAUCCAUUGAUUCUGAUAACAUUCCAGGUUUUCCAAUGAGCCAGUUCUUGAAGCCAUUUCAACUUCAGAUAAGCAGGAAUGCUACAAUGGUUGCACAGCAGGCUGCAGACAGAAUAUCUUCAGAAUCCCAGUGUCCCCCUCCUAGUGUUCUGUAUAGAGCAAUUCUUCAGGUCAUUUUGAAAGAAAAGUUUGGUUUGGAUGGAAGUGGAAUGCGAGUUGGCAAAGCUGGUGCAAAAUGUAAGGAUUUCAAGGAGUAUGUUAAUAAAUGCCUUUAUAAGCUUGGAUUAAAGGACAAAAUAAGUGAGUUGUCUGAUGAAGAAGUGAACUCUUACCUGACAAGAUUUAAACACCAUGAGAGGCAUCUGCAUGCCUUCCAUCAGUUGAGAGCAGCUAUCGCCCCUUGCAUUGAAAGUGUUUUCCUGCUGGACAGACUUUUCUAUUUACAUGAACAGGGUCACAAUUCUGCUUGUAUCGUGCGGCUAUUUGAUCCUGUGAGGUCCCCGAGAUGUUAUUCUAUCAUUGCUUCUAAAGCUUGACAAUCUACUUUCCCCAAAAGAGGAGGAGAUUGUCAGGGAAUGUUUUCAGUGGCAGAGCAGAGAGAGAGUUUCAAUCAGUACCUAGGUAUAUCAAAGCUUUGUUAACAUGUCAUUUCGACUCAUUAUACUCGGAUACCAAGUUCCAUUCUUUACAAGGUCAAACUUAUACAUGCAAUAAAUAGCCCGAUUCCUGCGCCUUUGGGUUGUGGAAAGUCUAGUAACGUAUGUUGCUUUCUUUUUAUAUCAGGCAUGUUUGACCUUUAUUCGAAUGACCAAGACGGAGAAAUCUAAACUACAAAGUACCACAGACUUUAUAAUAAAAGUUUGAAUUUAUUUAAA